AGUCUCCUACGGAUAUUCAUACGGUAAGCCCUCGAUAAAUCGAUAAAAAAGUAUUAGUUGACUGAUCGAAGUGUGUGGCCGAUGCGGGUGAUGAUCUAUCUCAAGAUUUCUAAUUGAGAUGACCGAUUCGGGUGAUUGAUUUCAGAUAUUGCACGAUUAGGGUUUUGGGUAAGGAGUCGAAACCGAUGAAUUUGGGCGAUCUCAACAAAGUUUGGGAAAUCAAAUCGCUGAAGAGGAAGCCUAAUGAAGAAGAGGCGAGAAAGAUUUUGGAAAGAAUUGCGAAGCAGGGUCAGCCAAUCAUGCAGAAGCACAAUUGGAGGGUCAAAGUUCUUUCGGAAUUCUGUCCCAAAAAUCCAGCUCUUUUGGGCUUGAAUGUGGGGCGUGGAAUACAUGUAAAAUUAAGGCUAAGGAGGCCAAACAGUGAUGAUGAAUUUAUUCCUUUUCAUCAAGUUCUUGACACAAUGCUCCAUGAGCUAUGCCACAAUGCUCAUGGUCGUCAUAAUGCCAAAUUUUAACAAACUCUGGGAUGAAUUUGAAAGGAAUGUGAAGAUCUAAUUAACAGAGGAAUAAGUGGAUCAGGCGAAGGAUUUGAUAUUCCUGGAAGACUUUUAGGUGGAGCCUCUCGAAAGCCACUUUCUUCUCUUCGCCAAGUUGCAUUGACUGCCGCAGAAAAUAGAGCUCGUUUAGGACCCUUAAUGCCUUCAGGACCUAAGAAAAUCGGUGGAGAUAGUUAUACUAUGGCUGCUCUUAGUCCUGUGCAAACUGCUGCAAUGGCAGCUGAAAGAAGAUUGCAGGACAAUAUCUGGUGUGGGUUGGAAGUUCUACAAUUUAUCCGAGGAAGAUGAUAAGGUCGACUUAUUUACAACUGCAAGCACUUCCCUUGAUGGAGAUUAUUAUACUAAGCAAAAAUCUAGGAAAAGAGGCCGAGAAGUGGAUAAUGUUUCAUCGUCUUUCAACUGUUCAGACAAAGAAUUCACUCUCUCAGAAUAAUAAAAACAAUUUAUCCAUGGAAGCUUCAUCUUCCUCUUCCAAAUCUUCUCACUAUCCAACCUGUAAUGAUCAUUGCAGCCAAUGGGAAUGUAGUGUGUGCUCUUUGUUGAAUCCGCCAUUAGCCCCAAUCUGCGAGCUUUGUUUUCUGAACCUGGUCCUGCAGAUUCUGUAUAUUGGAAAAUGACAGAAGAUUGAUAAAUGUGGUGUAUGUGGAUCUUGGAGGUAUUCAUAUGGUCCUCCAUUAGCUUCUUCAGCACCCAAUUGUGGUACUUGAGGUGAGAUACUGUAGCUGCUCAAUAUGCUUUUGGACCACUUGAGGAUGACAACGACAAGAGGCAAGAGCCCAAAGCCUUGUUGCAGGAGCUGAAUACUUCCAUUGCUCAAGAAAGAGUAAUGCUGUUAUAGGUACAAUGCAGAUAUAAUAUUAGAGAGAGGGAGAACUUGAAGGAUGAUAUAAACAAGCAAAUUAUGCUUAGAGGACCUGAAGAAACAACUAUGUUUUAAAAGAUUAGGAUUAAGGAUCGAAUAACAAACAUAAAGGUAAAGAAGACAUAUAUUUACAUGGUUCAUCAAUAAUGUGUUGGCUACGUCCAUGGAUAGAAACGCAGAACAAAUUUAUUGAGAGCGGCUAAGUUAUAGAUUUUAGAUACUGAUUUCUAAUACAGAUAAAACUAGAUUGCAUAUCUCUAAGUCUAUUAAGAAAAACUAAGAGAAUACAUCAGAUGGAUUUAGUCUAAUACGAAUUUAAAAGUUCAAUACUGCAGCACAUAGAGGAAUGUGAUAAAGCUAUUUUGAAAUUGAUUGCUGCCCAGAUCGGAGAUGCCGAAAGAAAUUGAAAUGUUGGAAGGGGAAGGAAAAUAUUGGAGCUUCGCAAAAAGCAAUUUUCACUUCUAUUGCAUGUGAGGAAAAUAGAAUUGGGAUAGAGGAUGCUACUGGAGUCCCCGACCGAAGCCAUGGUUCUUGAUUAGAAGUUAAAUAGCAACAUUCCAUUCCCUUUGAUUCGUUAGUUUCAAGAACAUGAAUUGAACAAAAGAGGAAGGUUUUCUCUUCUCUUGUAUGCAUUUUAGCCGUUUUUACAAGUGUUGCUUUGUGUGCCAGCCUUUGCACAAAGUCGGUUUUUCUUUCUCCAUGAGUCUAUUGUCCAGCUUAGUUCAUGUUUACCCAUCCCCCCUUAGCAAAGCAAAUGCAGACAGAUGGAUAUCAAAUUUGCAGAAAGGAUACAUAACAUAGACAGUUCUGAAUUUCAAUUGGCAUAACAUUGAUGAGAUUUAAAUCAAGAAAUUAUUCACUUAGCUAUGCAUUUCAGUUAUGAUGUUCUUUUUUGCUGCUUGGGGUUGUACCAUUUUGUGAAU